AUUCAUACAUGUGUUGUGAACACAAAAAUUGUUGUGUUUUUAUAGCAAUUGAUUUGUUAUUAAUAACUGGAUAUUAAUUACGAUUUUCUACUCAUUUAUAUCGAUAAUCAACGCAUAGUUGUCUCAUAAGACCACAACAUUACUGUAAUUGCAAUACAUUUUGGGCGCAAAUAAUGGGAAACUUAUUGCGUUUACUAUCGCGAGACGAGACCCCGAAAUACGACGUCUUCGUCGACUUCGAGAACGCGCAGCCGACGGACACCGAGAAGGAGGUCUACAUUCUGGUGGAGUGUGUGCUCAUUGAGGCCAACGAUAUAUUGUGUGAAUUGCAGACAUACAAAGGCGCCGGUCCUGAGAUACGCGAG